AUGUCAAGCAGCAGCAACAACAGCAACAAUAACAGAGAUUCCAGCAAUCAGAAGAAGCGUAAAAUGUGGCGAACUGUCAAUGUCACUGCUGGAGGAGGGCCAUCUCAAAGUAUGACACCCGAAGCUGCCGCUAAAUACAUUCAACAAGCGGCGAAUCAAUCCUCAGGCAAUUCGUCGUCUUCGUCUCGGAAUGGAAAUUCCAAUAAUGGCGGUCGCGAAGUCAAGAUCAGUUUUGGUCCCUCCCGUCCACCGAGUACUUCCAGCAAUGGCAAUGGCAACAACAAUAACAACAAUAACAACAAUCGAUCCUUCAAUCUUGGAAAUAUCGAUUUGCAAGCACUCAAGGAAACCGCCGCCGCCGCGGCCGCCGCCAGCAAACCAAGCAAGGGUGGUGGCAAAAAUAUCAACAACAACAACAACAACAACAACAACAGUAAUAACGGAUUGCCCUGUACCGAGGCUGAAAUGAAAGCACUCAUGAGCAUGUUUGUAGAAAUCAUGGGCAUGUCCAUGGACUCGGAAAAGAUGAUGAAAGCCACCAAAAAUAUGCUCAACAACAACAACAGCAACAACAAGAAAGGUCCGGUAUUCAUGUUUGGUAAUUCCAAUGGUGGCGGUGGAAUUCCCAUGCCACCAGGUGGUUGGUCGGAUGCUUCGGCGGAAGCCAUGGCAGCAGCGACCGCAGGAUUCUUUGCGGAUGGGGCUUCGUGGGAGGCAAUUCGGCGGACUUAUGGUGGUAUGAUGAACGGGGAUAUGAUGAUGGACGACGACGACGACGGCUCGGAAGAAGAUGGUGACGAUGACGACGAUGAUGAUGAUGAUGAUUCCUUGCCCAAUUUGGACGAUAUGCGACAACUCUUUCAAGCACAACAAAAGUCACAUUUUGAAGCCAUGGCGAGAAGUCGAAUGAAUAUGAACAUGAAUUCGAGUUCAAGUAGUAGUAAUAACUUCAAUCAGGAGAUUCCUCCUAGUGAUUGGGAGUCCCUGGAACAAGUGGCCAUGGACGAUGCACUGGAGGCGGAAGACCGGGCUAGAAAGGCAGCCAAGAAGCGCGAAAAGAAGCAACGGAGAAAGCAAAAACAAAAAGAAGAAGCUGCCCAAAAGGCGGCGGAAGCAGCUAUGAAAAAGAAAGAAAAAACAAUACUUUCCUGGCGGAGUCGAGUAGUGUCAGCGUGUCAGUCUGGUGAAGUCAGCAAACUUGACGCACUGUUACACGAGUCUCCCUUGCGCAAGGCUCCCGAUGAGGAAUCGCCCUUGACGCGGUCACAUAUUCUGCCCCAUUUGGAAUUUCUACUGCCCAAUUCCGUUGCCAAGAAUCGUUCCUUGCUGAAUCGAGGAGAGGAAGCCCGCAAAAAACUGGCCGAAUAUAUAUUGUGCCAGGAUAUUCCAAUAGUCUUUCAACCCUUGCGAAGUGGGCGCACAGCAUUGCAUUCGGCGUGUUUUCAUGGAGACUUGCAAUUUUUAAAAUUGGUCUUGGAACGAGUCCGAAACUAUGACGACACGGAGGACCGGAUACCUUCCAACUACCUGGAUCAAACGUGUGCGGAAUCAGGCUGGAGUCUACUGCAUUAUGCGUCCGUCGCAGGGUCCAAGGAAUUUUUGGAGAUUUUGUUGCAAGAAGGUUGUAAGAUUGGCACCAUUACGGACGAUACGCAUACGUGGCGAAAAAGUGACGGAAAGGGAGUGACCGCUAGAGAAUUGAUUCAAUAUAUACAUCGCAAUGAACACGAAAAAGUAUUGGAAACACAUGGUGUCGCGCUUCAGGACACGAUAAGUGCCCUUUGUUCGAAUCAAUCGGAACGUCGAGCCUUUCACAACAACAUCAGUGGAGUACUCAGGCGACUGAUAGAUAUAGAAACCAAUGGAUAUUCGCCACCCAAACAGAAUAAUGUAACGUCGAGAGACGAGAAUGAAGAUUGGAAUGAUGCGAACCAGCAACAACAACAACAACAACAACAACAGCAAGAGAGUUCGAGCAGCAGUCGCAAACGGAAAAAGAAAAAGAAGAAAAAGCAAGCUCAAAAGGUUACCGAAGAUGCUAAGGAUGAGACUGCUAAAACGACGACUACCCAAGAGCAGAAGUCGACUGAAAGUAAGGAAGCCAAAGAUCCUUUGGUGAUGGCAUUGCUAGGAAUGGGAUUUGCAGAACAGCAAAUUAAUGCGGCGGUUGAAGCAUGUGGCGGGACUAAUCGUGCGACAGCAGAUGAUCUGGUGACGUGGAUUUUGGGACAGGAUGCCGACGGAAACGAUAACAGUAAUUCUGGGCCAUCGAUAGUACACGCGGCUGAAAUCACGGCAGAGACGACCAUCAAGGCUACUUCCUUUGAUCAAGCUGUAAAGCUUGAUGCUGCAACCCAAGAAAAGGAAGAAGUCGCCAGACGAUUGGCCAUGAAACGGGAAGAGCAACGGCGUCGGAACCGAGCUUGGAAUGAUAGUCAGCAGUCGCGUCUAGCGGAGGCGGCUAAGGUCAAGGCUGCCAAGGCCAUGAUGCCACAGCGUCAAGUGGCGCCAGUGCCUCCGCCACCCGAGUAUGCAGCAGCCUAUCCUUCCUUGCUGUCGACCGUGUCUAGCGGUUCCACCACUGCUGCUGCACCACCACCAGCACCACCACCUAAAUCCGCAGCUGUUCCAAAGCCAACGAUUCUGCCCAAAAAUAUUGGGUCCAAGUCGGUAGCAGCAGCUCCAAAGAAGGCAGUAGUACCUUCGGUCAAACCAACUUCCAAGCCGGCAAAGAAUGAGAAACCAGAAGCAGCACCAGUUGUCAUUCCCAAAAUUCUCAAAAAGCCAGAAGCGGAGAUACCACCACCCAAGGCAGUACGAAAGGCAGCGCCAAAGGCUGCGCCACUUGCCAAGCCACAUCCCAAAGUGGAUUCUCCUCCGGAAAUUCGAAAUAUUGUCAAGGAAAAGCCUGUCGAUGCCAAACCGGUGCCAGUCUUGGCUCAGAAAAUUGCUACUCCGGUGCCAGGCUUGGCUCCACUAUCCAAUGGUGGGUAUAACUUCCCUUCCGGACUGCCCGUUUCGUCCGCUCCGUUGGUUCCACCACCCCAAUCUUCUGCGCCUCCACCAGGUUUCAUGGCACCCUCGCCUCCGCCCAACCUGCAGCCCAAUAUGCCGCCGCCGGGAGUCAACUUUCCUCCGUUGGAUAAUUCCAUUUUGAAUCCCGCCAACGGAAUUGGUUUGCACUUAGAUCAGGGCCAAAUGGGAGAGAUUCGCGCAACGGCCAAGGCGUUUGUUCCAACAUCCUUUGGGCCCAGCAUUCCUGGAGGAGACUUGGGUAUGCCUCCUUUGUCUAGUGCCUUUGCCAAUCCACAACCCUCUUCUGGCAUGCCGGCAAUCGGUGGUGCUCCUGAGAGCAAAUCAAUGAUUCAAUCGGCGUUUGCGCCUGGAAUUCUGUCAGGUGGAUUGGGCGGAGCUCCUGGUGUCAUGGGUGGGGACAACCUCAAUGGACAAGAUAGGAUGCCCUCAAUGACUCCAGUUUCAACGGAUUCGACAACAAAUACCACCACUUCUCUUUCAGGAUUCGAGGAAUCUGGCUUGGCCGGUAUUCCGCUUGGAUUUGGUAUGGGCAUUCCACAACAUGGCACUAGCUCGCUAUUGGAUUCCAUUGCCACAGGUCCAGCACCAAUUGAAGCUUCGUCUAUUUGGGGAGGGCCACAAGGAGGGCCAGCCUUGGACGCAUUCUCGUCGCUGGGUCUUGGCGAUGUUGGAGGAGGUAAUAACCAGUACGAUGACAAGAAUAUUGCCGAUGCAAAUCUUUGGGGAAGUGUCGCAAGUAACAAUCCUGCUAAUAGCAAUCAAGGGUCAAUAUGGUAA